AUGGAGUGGGGCUACAGCCCGAGCAGACUGGUAUUUCCGAUGAAUGUGUAUCUUAAUGGCUUGUUGGAGUAUUACUAUGUCUGCGUUUUGAUGCCGAAUGCUACCACCACCGGUGGAAACCUUGCGCUUUCCGCUGAUAACUCUACAACCUCUGCUUCCCUUACAGCGUCUUGUACUAUCACGGUAACGACAGGUGUUUCUCUCUCAAUUCCUACAUCUUACCAGAAGUGUGGACUAAUUCAAAACAGUCCGACAUGGUCUCCAGCUGCGAAGGCUUCUACCUCGUCGAAAGCAACGACCACUGCUAAGACAUUGCUCUCGAAGCCAACAUCGCCCUCACAGACCUCUACACCUAGAAACCAGCUGUCGGAAGAGACUGCUCGGACCUUGAAUCUGGGGAAUAUGUCUGUUUGGGAAAUACUGGACCACUAA